ACUGCCAAUUGGCUUCGAUAACAGCAAAUGGUCGUUUAAUAACAGAUGAUUGAACGCGUUCCGCGGCGCGGCCUAGCAUUUAUCUGUCAAAAGUGGUGACGGCCGGCCGAUCGGCGAUGUGCCGGCUCACGCGCGCCUGUUGAUCCUCCUCACGAAUCGAUUGCAGGCUAUCGACACGAAUACCCUAUUGAUGAGACGCGUGUGAAGGUCUGUUGUGUUGAUCGUUACGUUUUUUCGAGCGGCAGAAACCAGAAACCCACCGACCGCGAGACCCGAGUGUACCUCGAUCGAGUAAACGUUCAAUUCCAUUAUUAUGUGAUCGUGACCCGUGAUCGAACGGUAGCACAGAGAAGGCAGGGCAGGACGAAAGGAGCGAACGAACGAUAAAGAGGAAAAUGCGAAACGUUCGAGCCAAUGUUUUCCGCUAUCUCAUCGUGGCGGUUCUUUUUCUAGCGCCAUUCAGUUACGCAGCGGGGAACGAGACGAGUACGCAGAAAACAUGCAACUUGACCCAGGCGGAGGAGCAGUGCGCCGAGAACGAAAGAUGCGUCCAAAAUACGAAAGACGAUGAACCACGAUGCGAGUGCCAGAGACAUUACGAGAUGGUGGACGGCCAUUGCUCGAAGAUAACGACCACUUCGAGCAUUAACGAGACUAAUGCUCAAACAGAUUCUACUAAACCCAACUCAGGAGGUAGUUCUGUAGCGGCUGGUUUGUUAAUCCCAACCUUCCUCGUAGUAAUUGGUGUUCUGCUGUACUUUGGCGCGAGACGAUACAAAUGGCUGCAACGAUUUCGACAGUUCCGUCAGAAUCGUUAUGGCAAUGUCCUAGUCACGAGGGAUGACGAUGACGAUGACGAUCCACCGAUAGCGUAAGGGUGUGUUUAACGAUAAGCGACGUAUGUGCCGUGUACAAAGUGCGUUCUCUUGUUUCCUCUCAUCGAAGGCAUGGAUUUGAACAGUGGGUGACACGUUCGGUGACACGAUUCGAAAUUAACAGCGGCAAGCUUUGAGUUACCGUAGCGCGUGUCGCGUUACGAUGGAACCGCGAGAACAAAUUUCCAACACCGGUUCUCGCUCGUCCAUUUUUUCAUCGACCAAUUUUUAUCGGGUCUCGCGCGCGUGAAAGUCUCCUCGAAGCUUGGUCACGCUUACGGAACAACGUUCUGUGACUUUGUGUAUAUAUCGAGCGAAAGUUCAGGUACAAGGUAUAUACAAGAGAAAAUAUCGUCAAACUGAAUCAAGAGGCUAAAUAAAUGUAAUGGGGUGCUAGUGUAAGUAGAUGUAUUUUUGUGCUUGGUAAUCGGAAGUCUGUUAUCCGUUGACAUUGCUUCAUUUUAUCUAUAUCGACGCCGACGUCUCUUAGAAAUAAGAAAUUCGAUCGACUUUCUCGACGAUUCUAAAUUCUUUACUAUUCGUAAUUUUGAUUUAUUUUCUUUUUUUUAAAAGUAAAUUUUAAAUCGACGGCACGAUCCUUUCGCAUAAAGGUGCUACUACUUACGCGCCCGCUGAUUCUAUGUUUAUACACGAUAGUCGUAAGGGAUGUGGGCUAACUGAUUGCGUUUUCGCUAGCCAUUACGAGCAUACUCAAAGCAUAAUUUUUUACGAUGAUAUUAAGAAGCUGGUCAGUAAAUUUUACACGUUAUCGCAUAUUUUGUAUAAAAGCGGUGGCUGUCGUGUCACCUUUUUCAUCGUACGCAAACUUUACGGGAUUUACAUACAUAUACAGCGUUAUUGUUUUACGUUCUGUAUUCUACGUUCUACGUUCUACGUUCUACGUUCUACGUUCUACGUUCUACGUUCUACGUUCUACGUUCUACGUUCUACGUUCUACGUUCUUAGUAAGAUCGUAGAUCCCUGAUUUCUCGAUGAAAUUUCCGUACGCGACGCGAUUAAUAUUCCUACGAUUAUUAUUCAUGAGUUCCAUAGUCAAAAUUCGCACGAUUUCACGUUGAUUAACAACAUACAUUUCUUGCGUAUAGUCCCUUGUAUCCGAUAAAUUUGUAACUCGUCUGGAAUAUUCACUGCUGUCGUAUGGAUAGUUUCAUCGUUUUCUCUGAAUGUCUUGUUCUUUCGAGGAUAACUCUCAAAAUGAAUACAUGAACGUCUCACGUUACUUUACCAAAGAAUGAAGGAUCUACAUAAAUGGUCAGGAUCUAAAUUAUCUCCAGGCGGACAGCCAGUUCAAUGCAGAGAUGGGCAGGAUUUUAUUCGAGUGAUUAGACAGUUAUUUGGACAAGCUUUUAUUAAUCCUUACUAGACGUAGACGUCAAUGCUUUAGGCCUGAUUUCUCAUCAUACAUGUUAACUUAUCAUUCAUAAAUAUUAUAUUAAGACUAAUUGAUGGAAAAGGUUAUAUAGAUACUUUCUUUUUAAUGGAUAUAACAGAUUUUCUAAAAAAUACACUUUCUAAUCUUGCUUACUAUUAAAAUAUAAAACUAUUUUCUUUAAAACUUAGUGUCAUGUCUCACGUGACGUACUUCCGUUAAGGGUUAAUAUAAUAUGAACCAUAUAAGACGAUUAUAUAAUUUAGACUGCAACUUAAAAAUUUAUCAACAGUUUUUGUCUUAUAUUCGUUAUUCACAAAAAAAAAAAACGGAUUACAAUUUUGUCCAUCUCGGGCUUGACGUGGCGUUAAAAAUUUUAAAGCAGUGGUCGUCGACCUUUCUUGCAGUCGUAACGUAUAGUGUACAUUACCACGAACGGUAUCAGUGCAACGAAAUGAAUUCGCGUGUUUGCAACAAACGAGGAAACGGUGUGCGGAAAGAGUCGACCAUUCCCGUGCCUGGAAUGCGUAUCGAUCGAACCAAGUUAACUUUUAAACUGCAAGACGUUUGGAUGCCGCUGCACUCAUACCAAAAGAACGUUACAUCCGUUAUCGUGCUCGAUGUCGUUUCUUGUAAUAUAAGAAAAUUUGUAAAUAACCCCCCGCCAUUCCGUGGACGCGUAUUCUUGCCAGCCAAUAAUUUCUCUUUCCCAUAGCGUGUAAUCUAAUUAAUCGUGAUUCCAAAAAAAAAAGAAAUAAAAAUCGUAUCGUCUAUAUUUAUAUUCCUGAGAAAAGGGGAGUCCUCCCGCUCGCGAAAGAUUAUCGAGAUGUACAUUCUCGAGAUUUAUAAAUAUAUAAAUAUAAAUAUAAAUAUUAUAUACAUAUCUAACCUAUUCUUGUACUCUAUCAUUUUUGUACAGAACAAUCGCACUAGAAGCUAACCAUAGUGAUUAUAGUCGGUGCUCGAGAUCGAUCCCGGAAUUCGUUAGACCGCUCGGCAUCGCGAGACAAGAUUUGAUAUUUUUAUAGUUCGCGAGUACAAAUUUGAACGGUGCGGCUGGUACUAGCGAAUUAUUAUCAAUUGUGUUCUUUACUUUGCGUGUCGUCGACAUUUCUGUCACGGGUUUUGCGAUACAAAUCGCGGGACUGGGCCACCGACGUUUUCUUCACUUGUUAUUGCGCGUUCAUCACCGAACCACUCUUUGCAAUGCACCUCGACAAUUUGACUGAAUAGAAUUGUUGUUACUGUUCUUUUAGCCAUAGCCACCUCACGCUCGCAAUCCUUCUCUCGAUUCGAAAUUACGUAAAGUCAAGUAGAGAAUUCUUCUGUAUAAAUAUUUCGAAUGGCAGUCGUCCGUCAGACUAUAUUUGCUAGAGUGAUUUAUUCUGUGCACGCGUGGCUCUGUUAAGUUGUAAAUUUUACUCUGUGAUGUAUUUUACGUUAUCCUUGACUGAACGCUUGUCAUCGACUAAAUCGCACUCUCGUGGCACAAUCUGUUAGGAUUAAUGUUCAAUCGAAUACGAAAACGUACAGUUCUUCGGGAUUCUCGGCACGUACACGUUACACGUUACACGUUACAUUUUACAUCAUUAUUUUCUAAACUGGGAGCGUAUAAAACACAACUAAUUUGACGCAGUAAAUUUGGAUAAAUUCAACAUCACUGGAGUUUUGACAUCUGUGAGAGAAUAUAUAUUUCUUAUGUCAUUUUCGUUUUUCACUUGAGGUUUACUUAUAAAUUUUAUUAAAAAAUAUUACAUAAAUGUUUUGCGAUGUUUUGUUUUGUAGUACGUCAUU